CUGUACUAUAAUUCGUUUUGCAGAGAACGUAAUAGCACGGCGACCGCUCAAAUGUACCUCAGACUCUACAGAAGUUCUUGGGAAACACUGCUGCAGUUACAGGAAGCUUUUGAAAAUGGAACUUUGUUGAAAUCGCGCAUUGAAAUUCUCGACUGCUCAGCCAAUGAUGAUUCAUUCUGUCAUGUACCCACUAUUGAAGCAGCAACUAGCGGGCCUUACAGACUUCGCCUACAAGUCACCCACCUUGACAUAGAAGACACCAGUAUUUUAUUCGCCUACAAGAUCAUCUAUCGCCAACUGGGGAGCCCGUCCUGGAACGUUAAAAUUAGUCGAAGAAGUUUAUUUUCGCCAAGAAUUAAUCUCAUCAUGAGUUUCCUUAAACCGUACAGAAAUUAUACGGUGCGAGUAUUUCCUUACAGUCUUCUCGGGGACAGACUCGGAAGCAAGCUCAGAAUGUUUCAAACCACAGAGAAAGGUGAGCAAGGAGUUUUUUUAAAUUGUAUUAUUCAGUCAUAAUGUACAUCUACUUAGUCACUCUAUUCUCCAUUUUCCCAGAAUUCACUCUGUUUGCUCCCCAAAUCAACUUAUGUCGUGAAAUGCUCUUGGGAAUAUGCAGACCUCGAAAGCCGGCUGAUGUCGUUCCUUGAGGUUGAAUAGGCCUAGAAAAGGAAUACAUAUUAGCCUUGCCAGUCCACAUUUAAAGAAAACUGCGCUCACCGCGAGAG